CUAGGAAAAUAUUGGUUUAUAUGCAGAAGUAGGGUGGGGGUGGUCCAGAAGUAAACGAUAGGUAGGGAUAGAGCCCACAGAGAGAGAACAACAGUUGGACAGACAAAGGAGUGGUUAAAGAUUUAGCUAGGAGGGUGAAUAACUACUAAUGGAGACUGUUAAUGGCUGACUGGGUGUUGUGUAAUACUUGCUGUCUACCAGUUUCCUCAAGUGACACUUCAUUAUUAUGUACAGAUGGGUUUAAAAUUGCAGCCCUCUGGCAGUGCAUCUAUUUCAGGCAUUUCAACCUGAGAAACUUUCGUACUUACUGAAGAUGUACAAUGGCAUGAACUUUGCUAUACCUCUGCGUUCACCCUCAGCUACUGUUUACAUUGAUGAACCACAGCAGUCGCCUCUUGUCCCUGUCUGAGCUUCUGCUUCACUCUCUUUUGCAAGAAGGUGCUUCCUAACUCUGAAAUAAUUCAUGAAAUGCAAGGUGAUGUAUUUUGGAAGAUCUAAUGCAGGAGGAAAGUAUUCAGUAGAUGGCAGAACCUUACUAGCAUCAACAUCCGAAGAGAUCUUGGUAUACAGACCACAGUUCCCUGAAAGUGACAACACAAGAAGGUUCCACUUUGUGCAGCUCCCCAGAGCAAACAGGCACCUGUGAAAUGCAGGAUCAUCACAACCGGCAGCCGAGCCCCACCCUGGAGAACCUGCUCACGCUUUCUUUAUCAGAUGAUGUGCACUCUGUGAGUUUCAAUGCUGCAGUCGGUGCAACACAGCCGACAAAGUCCUCCAGCUAUUGCCGAACCUCUGAGUUGUUUGAGACGAGCACCCCUGAUGCUUCAGGCAUCUCCCAGGAAGAGGAUGUGAGCAAACAGUUGGUCGACGCCGAGACUCGACCCAGCACCAAGAAAAUGUGGUUUUCAGAAACAGCUACAUCGGAUGAAUCGAAAAAACUGUUUCUUGAGGAGGGGAACAAAACACGAGUAUUUUACGUGAAUGAGAUGGACUCCUUCUCAAACAUGGAGAAAAACAGCCGUGUGAUUGGAGAGAUUGCAUUCCAACUUGACCGGAGGAUUCUUGCACACGUAUUCCCAGGAUUAACCAGGCUGUAUGGAUACACCGUGUCUAACAUCCCAUCCAAAAUCAAACAGAAUUCCAUUAAUCCCAUGGAUGGCACAGUGGACAAACAGAAGUGGAGGGAAAUGACACAGUGUUACACAGCGUUGUUAUCGAAACUCGAGAAACUUAACUAUAACACAGAUAUCCAUACAGGCUUCAGUGAGUUUCUGGUUAAUACCUAUGGGAUUCUCAAGCAGCGCCCAAAUGCCUACACCAACAUCACCUACAACCCCAUCAUCCUGCGUAAACUCGUCAUUGACAUGGUCCCUGCUAAGUUUCUCCGGGACACACUGGUUUUGCUGAACUGUCUCUGUGAGCUAUCACGCAAUGACAAGAAGCCCUUGUUUCCAUGGUGACCAUCAUUACCUCUGAAAUCAUUCAGAGCUCAUAAGAUUUAAAAUAAACCCUUUAUUUUCCUUUUUUGUUUGCAAGGAAAGUGUAAAAAAGUGUUCUGAGAUUGAUGACUGACAAUGUUAAUGCUGAUGUUCCUGUGUGUUUUGAUAGUGU